AUGGAAAGCGGGGUGGAAAAAGAGAUCGUGGCGGCGGCGACAAGGAAGAGAACAACAGCAGCAGGAGGAGGGGGCAUGGAUAACGACAGGCCCUACAAGGGGAUAAGGAUGAGGAAGUGGGGCAAGUGGGUGGCUGAGAUUAGGGAACCCAACAAAAGGUCGAGGAUUUGGCUCGGGUCUUAUUCGACUCCGGUGGCGGCGGCAAGGGCCUAUGACACGGCGGUCUUUUACUUGCGGGGGCCGUCUGCGAGGCUCAACUUCCCGGAGUUCCUGGCCGGGGAGAGCAUAGCUGGCGGGGCAUGCAGCGACAUGUCGGCGGCUUCUAUAAGGAAGAGAGCCACCGAGGUUGGAGCCAGGGUUGAUGCUCUUGAGACCGCUUUGAUUAACCACCACCACCACCAUCAUCACCAUCAACAACAACAACACAACCUUAACCACCACCACCGCCACCACCAGGAGGAGCAGUAUAAUCAAAAUAGUCACGGGGGUAGUAGUAGUGAUAAUAGUAUUCAAGAAAAUAACAACAACUCCAAAGCUAUUGAUACGACAGAGUUGAAGUCGUUCGUGGAGCGGGUUGACUUGAACAAGGUGCCUGACCCGGAGGAGUCGGAUGGGGAGGAGUGGGAGAGGAUGAAUUAG